GUUUCAACCCUGACGCCAAGUUGAUCAUUGAUCGUUGAUCAAGAUCAUUUUUAUGGAUGACUUCAUGCAAGCCAAGGGUUCAGUAGAUGAGGGUGGACCUUCACGGGAGUUUUUCAGGCUUCUUUUGAUGGCUAUGAAGGACAGCAUGUUAUUUACAGGGCCACAGAACAGCAAGAACCUGUCCUUGAACAGCCAAGCCUUACACAGGAGUCUCUACAAAACAUACGACGUCAUAACAGUUGCACUGGUGCAUGGAGGUGUGCGGCCAUCUUUUUUUUCUGAGAGGCUCUACAAAAACCUCUGCUUAAAACCCACAUCACCACCCACUCUGGAAGAAGUUGUGGAUCAGGAUCUGCAUCUGAAACUGAAAAAGAUCAGCGAAGCCAGUGAUCUAACUGAGGCCAGAGCUGCCAUCGAAGAGGCUGCAGAGAGGCUUUCAUUGUUGGGGUCCUUGAGGCACAUCACCACCCUGGAAGGCUGGGAUCUGUUGGUUCAGGCUACUGCUAGAUUCUAUGUAGAAGGACGGACUAAAGAAGCUUUACAGCAUGUUUGGAUCAGAUUGACCUUUUUAUUUUUGAGGGGGGCUCAGCUUCCUGACAGCUUGGUGGAUGAAGCUUUCUGUGAAUCUGGUGGAGCGGUUUCUGACGAAUGGAACUGGGUUGAAUUUGUCCAGAGGAGGUCCAUUGAGGUCCACAAACAGGAGUGA